CCCUACCCCAGCAGGAGUGCUAGCACAGGCUCCAGCUGAUUCCCCUAGCCGGAGGUGACGAGGUAGAGGAUUUCGAUAGAACACAGUCUACCUGACAGAACACUCAACAAUCCUUCUACUGCCAAACCAGGAAGUGUCUCUACCUAAGUCGUCAUGACAACGUAUGUCCAUGUUCGCUUUCCUGCUUUUUGAGCGACGUCAGCAGGACAUUUUUUCCCUUCCCCCUAACUAAUAUGGCGGUGCGGUUGAGAUCUACCUAGAAGGUAAUACGACAUGUCAGCCGACGAAAUGUCCACGUCCGAAGGCGAGCCCAUGGCCGGGGAACGAUGGGCCCCGGUGGGAGCGGUAGCUGAAGAAGCAGACGAGCAGAGUUCCAAAUCAGCAUCAAUCGUGAAGGCUGCAAACAUCGCAGGAUUCGGUGCUUCGAGCAGGAGCCGCUCAGGCUCGGUGUCAGCGGAGAUGAUUGAUAAGUUGCGAAAACUCGAGGAUGAGCAAGAGCUGUUGAACUCGUCCCUUCUCGCCCUCACCUCCCAUUUCGCCCAGGUGCAGUUCAGGCUGAAGCAGAUAGUGAGGGCGGAAGGAGCAGAGAAGGAGAAGCUGCUGGCUGAGCUCGAGGACUUCGCGUUCAAGGGAUCCCCACAUGUUCUGGGAAAUGAAGCUCUCAAACAGCAAGUUCUAGAAGAUUCGGUUAGUAUGAGAGUGUUGAUUGGAUUCAAUGUAAAUUUUCUAAAUUAUUAUUUUUUUUUUUUAAAUGUGUAUGCAAUAAGGUUAGAACAUGCUUUGUAAUUCUGUUCUACAUGUGUAGUCCGUGAGAUGCAGCCGAUAAACCGAGCUGAGGGGGAAGAUUUAUUGAAGCAAAAACUGGAUGUUUUGGAGCACAGUGCUCUGAAGGACCAGUCUCCAUGGAAACCUAGACUGUCAGCAAUUUAGCUCUUAGCAUCUGUUUUGCCUUGACAGAUUUCCCUUGUAAUGCCAAGUGACAGAUGUUCCAGUUGCUGAGUAACAUAUUACAGGUGUAGAGAUGCAGUGUGUCAAACCGCUCCUAACAUUUUUUGGGGGGAUCUUGUAAUGUAAAGGAUGCAUUCUGCAAGGCUUUGGGGUUGCUACAACUUGGACUUUGAUUGGGCUGGACUAAUAACAGACAUGCUAUUGGUACUUGAAGGAGUUAUGCAACUUGACAAAUAUACAGUGUAGGCAGAGAUUAUCAGAUAAUACCCCUCUGUGCAGAUACAAUUGCACUAGUUUGCUUCUUUUUUUGUGUGUGGAAAAAGUCCUUAUUUUAUGAAAGUUGUGGAGGUAAGCACUGUGAAGUAACCCUUUUCUGUGCUGCCCAGGCAACAGCAAAGAAAAACAGAUACAGAGGGAAAGAAAGUGAGGAUGAGCUCAUGAAACACCCCCUAUACAUGACACAGUUAAAACCCCUAAACAUCAUCCACUUUCUAUGCAGAAAACAGCAACAGUUAAAUGUCUGCAACAAAACUCCAAGAUAGGAAAAAGAUGGUAGAAAUGGUGCACCCAUACAAAACCCAAUAGGGAAUCCGACUUUUAAGCAGGAAAGAGAGAAAACAUGGCUUUUGCAGUUGCACAAGACUUCCUUCAGUGCAGGUGACAGGAAGCAGUUGUGUUCAAGCUAUUAGAGCCGGCGCGACCGCUAGACAAGCUAGGCAGUUGCACCGGUCCUGGGAGAGCAGUCUCCGGGUGACUGGAUAGAGGGGAGUGCACACUCCUGCUGUUUACUGCAGGUAGUGUGGCCGAACGGACCGCAGUAGAGGAGCUUCUGCAUCCCCUACCCUGUCUGACAGGAAAUGCUCACUGCAAGCUUUAAACAGCUUCCUUUCAGACCGAGUAGAGGUUACAGCAGCUCCUCUACUUCGAUCCGCUCGGCCAUGCUACAAGGAGGAAGGUGAGCUGGGGGGGAGGAGAAACCACAAAUAGACUGGUGGUGGGGAGAGAUCAUAAAGGGAAGGGGGGUGACAAAGAGGGCUAAGGGGGACACAGAUACACAGCGGGGCUGAGAGGGACAAAGAGGGACAAAGAGACACACAGCGGGGCUGAGAGGGACAAAGAGGGACAAAGAGACACACAGCGGGGCUGAGAGGGACAAAGAGGGACAAAGAGACACACAGCGGGGCUGAGAUGGACAAAGAGACACACAGCGGGGCUGAGAGGGACAAAGAGACACACAGCGGGGCUGAGAGGGACAAAGAGACACACAGCGGGGCUGAGAGGGACAAAGAGACACACAGCGGGGCUGAGAGGGACAAAGAGACACAGAGGAGGGGCUGAGAGGGACAAAGAGACACAGAGGAGGGGCUGAGAGGGACAAAGAGACACAGAGGAGGGGCUGAGAGGGACAAAUAGACACACAGAGGUUUUGGGGGUACAAAGAGACACAGAGCAAGUAGCUUGUUUUGCCAAGGGUGCACAAAUAGUCUUGCGUCCGCCCUGCAAGCUAAGGUUAGCUAAAACAGAAACAGCCUAAUGAAAAAUCUUCAUGAAACAUUUAUAAGUAGUACUCACGUAAUAUUAAAUAUUUUUGUAUAGACCCCACAAGGAGAAACAUGACAUUGAACAGUAGAAACAAACAUAGGCAAAAGAGAGAGGCAAGCAGAACAAACACAGAACAGUACAUACAAUUAACAACCAAAGUAACUCCUGGGAGCUUGUUAAAUAGGUGCUAAGGAAAGGAACCCCUAAGAUCGCUUCUGUGUCUUUCAUUAAAUCAUGACUUUUCAUCAUGGAAUAGCAAAAUCAUGAAAUUUUAUUUCAAAGCAUGGAGGCUCUUAAUGUGCAGGGUGACAACAAGACCAAUAGGUUUAAAGUAAAUUUCUUUAAACUUACACUAUAGUCGCCAAGGCAACUUAAUGAAGCUGUUUUUGUAUAUAGAUCAUGCCUCUGAAAAUUCACUGCCGUUUAGGUGUUAAAUCCUUAUUUCUGUUUGUGCAGCCCUAGCCACACCUACCCUGGCUGUGACUGGCACAGGCUGCAUGAAAACAAAAUGGUUUAGUUUUUAAUCAGAUGUAACUUACUUUAAAACUUUGUAUCUCCUGGUCUCUAAAUUGAACAUAAAUCACAAACAGGACAAUCCUGCAGGGUCUAGCAACCUAUUAACAGAGCCGGAGAUAAGAAAUUCUAGAUUAAAUAGAAUUUGCAAAAAAAGAAUGUGUAAACAUUAGAUGACUCUUUACAUGAAGUGUGUAGGAAAACUGUGUAAGUCACAUGCAGGGAGAUGUGACUAGAACUGCAUAAACAAAAUGGCAGAUAAUUGAGCAUUGAGACUGCAUGGGCCUGAUCUAUACACCAAAACUACUUAACCUUAUGUUGUUUUGGUGACUAUAGUUUCCCGUUAUUAGUCCUGUAUGACUGGUCAGCCUCAUGAAGUGAAGACAAAAAUUGCAAAUUAUCUGUCACAGGGUCCUGAACGGGAUCCAAGCUCCAUGCUACGCACCAGAUAGAAGUGUGUAAGACGGAAUAGUAAGAUCUGAGUUCCGGGCGCCCAUGCUCUGACCAGUAGCUGUCGAGUAGUCUCUGGAAAUGCCAGGAAUAUGCCUGAGAUCAGCUAAGCCAGAAGGGAAACACGGCCAUCCUGCAGCUGAAGAUGAGAAGUGUUGUCUGGGUCGCGGAAUAAGUGUGUCUCUGAAUGCAAGAGUUGACUAAUGUCGACCUUCACUUCCAGUUGCUGCAGAAGCCAAUACUGCAUUGUUCAAAACUGUGCAAUAAAAAGACAGAUACCCGUUGAUGAUAGACCUGGAAGAGUAUACAGGGAUCCUAUAAAAUGGUGGAAGUGCGUACUGGCAAUUGCCACUCCAAUCCUGCAGAAAGGCGUCCACUGCGGUCACCAGGGGAAAAAUAAGGAAAGACGAGUGUUCAAGCAAAUAAGUCAAUGUGGAGGGAACCCCACAUAUUAAAGAUGCUCUGGAAGACAGAAAUGUUGAGCAUAUAAUUGCUGAGAUCAACAGGCAUUGUGAAUUAAAUUUCGUUUUUGUGUUGGUAAGGCCUGGACAGCAGUGAUGGCUAACCUUGACACCAUAUAUUGUUUCUGGACUACAUUUCCCAUGAUGCUCAGCUAGCUUUUAGAUUCUAAGUUUGCCAAGACCUAGCCCCAAAGGAUAUGUGCAUCCACAGGUAAUUUCCCCCCCCAAACAUAAAUUCAAAGGAUUCCCUGCUCUAGUGAGCUGGUCUAUGUUCGGAGAAUUUUUGCUUUCUAGCCGAGUAGUACUUGUCAUAGAUUUGGGAGAUUCCCUGUGCUAGUGAGCUGGUCUAUGUUCGGGGGAAUUCUCCUGACCUGAUCUCUAGCGCAUGCGAGACUUGGUUGUCAUACUGAUGUGUCAUCCUCGCUUAACGACCAAUUUGUUUUACGACCAAGUUGUAGGAACGGAUCUUGGUCUAUAAGUGAGGAGUGCCUAUAAUAUGUUGCUGUUUAUUCUUUCACCCCCCAGUAUUAUGCCUAUGGACAUCCUUAGCCACAUUUUUGUAGUUACAGUGUCCACCUAUUGAUCAGCAUCAAACUUUGAUGAAUCUUCAUAGAAUCAUGAUACAGAGAAUGACUCCUGUACCGCAGCAUGUGCUGAGGCAUCAGGUUUUUGUGCCAGCUUUUCAAGGCUGUCCGAUGCAAUUGGCAUCCGUAACGAACGCUGGUAUUGCAGGUACCUGUUCGCCUAUUUUCUCCUGAACUGCUAGAGCCUGAGUGAUUAUAGCUUGCAGUUCGGAUGUUGAUUCGAACGUUUCUUCAGACGAAGUACAGCAUUCAAGUAUAUUCUCCCAGCAAAGUAGACAGGUACCCAAACAUCAGCCUAACCUAGAUGAAGGGUCUAACAAGAAUUCUUUAUUCAGGCUAACAGCCUGGUUUAUAUGCAGUUGACCUAUUUCAGGGGCAUUCCCCACUGGACCUGAGAAGGGACAGUGACAAAAUACAUUCUGCUAGUACAUUGGCUCUCAGGUCCAGGACACCCCCACUGACCAUCACAUAAUCCGUCCCCUGUACUGGGGAGAUAAUUGAGUCAAGCAAUUUACUGAACUCCAUUAUCUCCCAACACAAAAACAUACAUUUCCUUAAAACUCAGAAAGUACCCCAAACUCUAUGGGAACCCCAUAAAAGUCAUAUCCCCUGAUCUGGGGGACCAACAUAUUCCAAAAUCACCCAGAUCGGUGCAGGGGUUCAAGAGUUACAUGGAGAUCUUAAUUUGGCCGACCUCAUACGAUGCUCCUGCCCAGAAAUAGUUCUAUGAGAUUGGGCUGUGCGGUCAGUCUAUUUCGCAAAGUACAAAAAACUAAUAAAUGCACGAACGGUUCCCCUGGCUCAUAGGUAGCGUAUCUUCCCCUAGUUUGUGGGAACAAUUCUACCGAAUAGCGCUCUCCUGGCUGGUCGGUGAAAGGAAGCAGGCAUUCGUGUUUUGAGUCCGAUUUUGGCUCCAGACACUCGAAGACCAAGUACAGCUGCCUCCUUUCGUGCGAACAAGAUGGCCGCUGUUUUCUUUUGCAUGUGGCGUUCGACUAUGCAAACGGCGACAGAGCGAGCACUUAAUUGGUGGUUUUCUUUGAAGUGAAUGAGCCAGGGGGUGGUCGGUGUUCGGUAGUUGUAUCUACCGAAUAGGGAAAAACAAAAGUACCAAAGUAGCCCGGGUAGUUUCUUCACCGCAUCCUCAUAGUAUUGCUCACUACCUCAUGCUAGGUCAAUUCAUGGUUAGCAGUCGUUAAUGGGGUAAAUGACUUUCAUUGAAUUUUGCAUAUCUGGGGCGUUUGGGAUCUUAGUAUCCCCACUGGGGGUACAUUUUUUACUUGUUCAUAUUGAUUUUUAGCAUUUCUUUUUGGUAAAAGGGCACUCUGAGCACCGUAACCACUAAACCCACUGACACUGCAAACAUAAAUGAAAUCUUUAGCACUUGUGCUCAACUUGCAAAUCCUGUUUUAGUAGCAUUGUCAAACGUUAAAUUCUAUUCUCCGUAUGUAAUUCACAUAAUUUAAGUGUGUUUUUAUUUCUUCCUUUCUCUCUUUAAUGCUCCACAUGUACAGGAAAUGGUAAGUCUCAAACUUAUUUAUUUAAUUGUAAUUUGUAUUAAACUUUUUAGAAAAUUACUCUAACACCUUAGUGACUGAACAUUUUCAUUCUGCACAUGCAGUAAAGGCCCAUAGAGGCAGUAGCCGCAGCACCCUACAAGAUAACUUGUUGCAAUACUGUUUGGUUGUCACAUUUCAGCUGUAUAGGGCGUAGAGUCCCCAGGCACCAUCUUACCUUUAAGCUACUUUCAAACAGUUUAAUACCAUAGUUAGCCCUGGGUUCCUGUUGCCUCUGCUGUAUCUCCCUCAACCGCGAUGCUUAGUGGCCAGUGAUAGGCCGAGAGUGUCAAAAGACAAAGGAAAUGGUGUUACAGGCUUUUGGCGACACAACUUUGGUGUUAAACUAUCUGAAAAUCAUUUAAAGAUGGUACCUGGGGAAUAAAAGCGGCACAUACCUUUCCCCAAUCACUUCCUCUUCUCUCCCUCUCUCAGGAUCUGUUCUUCAUUUCUUACUGUCUGUUCUAGUUUUCUUUAAAACUUAAGACAAAUUAGAAACUAUUUUGUCUUAUGUAUUUUUGUAUGUAUUUUUCCUACGCUUGACCAGCUUUGACUCUGGGGAGCAUGCUGUCCUAAAGAAAGUCCCACACUGGGACUAAAAGGUCGACUUUUUGCAUCACUAAAUGCACUUUACUAUGUGCACAUUUUAAACUAUGAGGAAAUAAACGCUACAUUUUACCCAAGACCGUGAGUGCAGACUACCACACUUUAUAUUUCUAUCUAUCUAAAACCAAAACGGUUAUGGUGGGGAAAAUAUUGUGAUUGAAAACCCUUUACACCAAAAGUCUGUGGGAAAAGCAAGUCUUAUGGCUUGACUGGUGUGCAGAUUUUUGUUUAACAUUGUAUUAACUAUCCACAGACUUCAGGUGGGAGGGGUUUUCAAUCAAAAAAUUUUUCCCCACCAUAACCUUUUUGGUUUUUGCUUCCCAAGCACUACCAAGCCUCAAUAGCAAACCAGUAACCAACCUCAUUCUGAUGAUUUGCAUUAACAAUGAAACAGCUGUCCAUGUGUGGUUUGCAUCUUUUCCUAGGUUGUGUUUUUUCAAAAUUUUUGUAAACCGCAAAUACAGACUCAAAGGAAUCCAUGUUUAACCCCUUAAGGACGGGGGACGUGCAAUGCCGUCCUUAGGGACCUGGCUCUAAACGCCAGGGGGCGUCAUAGCACGUCCCCGCCGUCCUAUAUACUUAGUGGCUACUAAAAAAGAAUGGACAUACCCCAUUUGCAAUACCUUGGGUUGUCUACUUUGGCAAUUGGUAUGCCAUCAUGGUGCUAAUUCCAUACUGUCUCAAAGGCAACGUAACCAAUCUGGCAAAUUUCAAUGUGAAAAAACUGAAAAUGUAACAUGCUAUAUUUGACCCUGUCACUUCCCAAAACACCAUAAAACCUGUACAUAGGGGAUACUGUUUUACACAUGAGACAUCGCUGAAUACAAAUAUGUGUAUUUUAUUGCAGUAAAAGCAAACAGUAUUAUGACAUUCACAGUUAAAAUGUCACGUAGUCACAAAUUAUGUUUCAUACCUAAAUAUUGAUGUUAAAUGAAAGACCUGUUUCCCCUUAAUAAAAUGAUUUAUAAUAAGUGUGGGUGCACAUAAUACGAAAGAGGUGACUUACGCCUGAACAGACAUAUAGCGCAAAUUCAAGUUUUUGUUUACAUUUUGUUUUGAUCACAACGUGUACAUUUGGCUCAGUCCUUAAGGGGUUAAACAGUAACUGGAUGAAUACUUGCAAAAACAUAAUAUACAGGGAUAUAAGUUUUAAUUUGUGGGGUAAUAGCGUCUUGAUCCAAGGAGAGAUCUGUCUACUAUCCUUGGUUCAAGAAAGAAUUUUAUCCUAGUUUGUCGCAAAAUUGGAAAGCGCCUCAAACUAGUACCUAGUGGCUUGGCUGUAGAUGAUGCCCUGUUUAGUAUGGGAGGGGUGGAAGCUGGAGCUGUGUAGGUAACUGCACCUGUCUGUGGGUUUUCUGUAAACCGAGAUGUGGAUUGUCUCCCUCUUUCCCCCCUCACUCUGCUCUUCAGAAAGAUAUGUAUGACUCUCUGCAAAAAUGGUGUAUAUUUUCUAACAAACCUGUGUCUUAUCUACACUCAUGUCACUUUAACCCCUGUAUCACAACUCAGCUUUGAAUUCUGUGUUGUCCUGCUAAGAAAUGCUUCAAAAUUGAGAAAGGGAGGUUCUCCUGAAAGCUUGUCAUUAAAAAAUUAUGUUAGUCCAAUAAAAAAGGUAUUACAAGAUACAAAUUUGAUCUGUUUUUAUAUAUAUAUAUAUAUCUACAGUUGCAAGAAAAAGUAUGUGAACCCUUUGGAAUGAUAUGGAUUUCUGCAAAUAUUGGUCAUAAAAUGUGAUCUGAUCAUCAUCUAAGUCACAACAAUAGACAAUCACAGUCUGCUUAAACUAAUAACACACAAAGAAUGAAAUGUUGCCAUGUUCUUAUUGAACACACCAUGUAAACAUUCACUUAACACUUAACCAAUUAUUGAUGUAUUAUUUCAGGUUAUCUCUGACAAUGCUUAUGAUGUAAUUUUGCUUUAUAAGGGACAUGUUGUCCCCCCUGAAUAAACAUUCCAGAGUAUUUCAUCAACCGGGAAACGUGUCUGGUGUGAUUUACUUUGGAAAGCAUGCAUGCACCAUAACCAAUUUGAAAAGGGGCAGAUACGCAAGAUAAUCUAUUUAUUGAUUGAUUACCACAUCAGGUUCACAUACUUUUUCUCGCAACUGUAUGUGUGUGUGUGUGUAUAUAUAGAUAUGUAUAAUAUAAAUUUCUCAUAUGACAAAAUAGGCACACUCUCAGGACUUCCAACCAAUGUGUAUCUAUGAAAUUAAAUACUGAUAACAUACUGUGAAAUUGAUGUUUACAGCCCCACCGGGUCCUUUUUCAAGAUGUGGCCAAGUUGGGACCGAAACAUUUAUUUCACAGUAUGUAACCAUAAUUUAAUUUCAUAAAUACAUGUUGAUUGGAAGUCUUCAGAGUGUAUAUAUUUUGUCAUAUUGUUCUAUAUAAUAAUUGAGGAACACCCAUGUAAUUUAUCUGUAAGGCAGACUUCUGGUUUAUUUUCUUUAUUUGAUAUAUACGGUAAUAGAUUAUUCUAUAAUGCACAUUCUGGUCAGUUACUCCGAAGUGAAAAAAAACUGAAAUGUGAAAUGCAAAUGUAAGGUAAACGUUAAAUUUGCAAUUCUAUUUUCAAUUUGCUGCAAAUCAGAGUUUAGUGAAUACCUUGUGUGCAUUUUUAUUGGUGUGAAGUUUAAUUCACUGUAUAUAAACUUACCAAAGUUCCACAUCAAUAGAACUCUCAUGUUACAUCAUCUUGUCUUUUCUUCGAGUGGUGUCCCUCUUACUAUUAUCCUUUAGCGUCCUGAUCUUCAAAUGCUCUACCUUACUUUCUGUCCUUCUGUUCAUAUUUUACCACUACAUUCUGCCCAUCUCCUUAUAUUCUGCCCCACACCUCAAAUGUAUCCAUAGUCUCCUCCCACCUUCUAUUAUUUUUUUUUUUCUCAUAGUCUCUCCUCACACAUUUAACUCUUUCCAUAUUCUCUCCCCCCACAUCAUCUGUCCCUUUCUCCAGAUGUCUUCCUUGUCUGUCAUUUUUCCCCAAUAGCACAGAGAUGCACUCCCUACCUAUUCUUGUGCUAGUUUGGCCAAGUGGCAUGGGGCUGAUAACCCUAGAAGAAUGCUCUAAUGCAGCAUUUCCCAAACCAUUCCUAAAGACCCACCAACAGUCCAGGUUUUGUUAGUAUCUCCAUUGGAAUAACACAGGGAUAUACAUAAAUCCUGAACUGUUGGUGGACCGUGUCUUAUACCUCACCUCCUAUAGACUGUAAGCUUGUUUGAGCAGGGUCCUCUUAAACCUAUCGUUCCUGUAAGUUUUCUUGUAAUUGUCCUAUUUAUAGUUAAAUGACCACUCUAGGCACCCAGACCACUUCAGCUUAAUGAAGUGGUCUGGGUGCCUGGUCCUUCUAGGGUUAACCCAUUUUUUCAUAAAAAAAAUGGGUUAUGAUAUGUUUAUCAAUGGGUUAAGCCUUCCCCAAUUUCCUCUAGCAGCUGUCUCAUUGACAGCCACUAGAGGCGCUUGCGUGCUUCUCACUGUGAUUUUCCCAGUAGAGCACGCCAGCGUCCAUAGGAAAGCAUUAUAAAUGCUUUCCUAUGUGACCGGCUGAAUGCGCGCGCAUUCAGCCGACGGGGAGGAGAAGAGGAGGAUCGGAGGAGGAGAGCUCCCCGCCCAGCGCUGGAAAAAGGUAAGUUUUUACCCCUUUCCCCCUUCCAGUGCCGGGCAGGAGGGGGACCCUGAGGGUGGGGGCACCCUCAGGGCACUAUAGUGCCAGGAAAACGAGUGUUUUCCUGGCACUAUAGUGGUCCUUUAAAUCCCCCCUCUCAUAAUAUUGUAAAGCGCUAAGGAAUCUGUUGGCGCUAUAUAAUUGGCGAUAUUAAAAAUAAUAUUCUAUUUGGCGUCACCUUCUAUGUGGAGGGAGCAAUGAUAAAACAUACAUUCUAUGCUUUCUAUUGCAGCCCAGGCAGAAAAUAAGAACUGACAUUGUGGAAGCUCCCAUGCUGCUUGGUUGCACAAUGCUUAGUGUGACUGUGCACACACUAUGUAAUAAAUAAAGCCUGCACUUGCAGAGUUAGAAAUCAAGUACCCACUUCUGGUAACUUUACGUGAAUAACCGUCUGAAGUUUUGAUGGACACUUGCAAUGGUGUCCCUCCCCUCCUAGAUCCAUUGCUGCCCCAAAGUCCAAUCAACAGUUCCAUAUGCCUUUGUAACUAAAUUAUUUCCUGUAUGUAAAGAUGUAAACAGAAACCCCACCACUCAUUAUUCGUUCUGCAAUUGUUUAACUACCUUCCUUUAUUGUUUUAGAGUGAAUGGGAGAAGCGAGAACGUAUAGAGGCGCAGAGGCAAAAACAGCGAGAAUUAAUAGUACAGCUGAAAACCCAACUGAAUGAUUUGGAGACCUUUGCCUACCAAGAAGGCAACUAUGACUCUUUACCCCAGUCUAUGGUCUUGGAGAGACAGCGGGUAAGCAAUUAUGAUGUUAAAGGGACUUGAUAUACAGCGAGACCUAUCUCAAUGUAGUGAUCUGGGUGUCGUGCACCUAAGUUUUUAGUCCUGCAAUGUACAACAUUGCCAUUUUAAAGAUAAAGAUUUCACUUCUAAUGGCUUGUCUUCCUAACAGUCACUAGAGGUGCUUUGACCGUGAGAACCAAGUCAGACUUGGUUCUUGCAUAUACCCUCCUUUGAUGCUACUCAUAUAGAUUACAUGACUGGAGUAGCGUGGCUCUUGCUGUGCAUGGCCUUCUCAUCCUCAGUGCAAAAUGCAUCUGCCAUGUUUUACCCUUUUUCCUUGGUGCCACUAGUUUACUUUAAUUUGCAGAAAAAAUCCUUCAUAGUAAGUGGUGAGAGAGAACAAAAUAUGUAUAUUGAGCAGGAAUAUAUCAUAUAUGUUGUGGUGGGAUAAUUUAUCUUAAAGGGACACUUUAAGCAGCAGGCAUAUAGUAGAAAAAUUCAUAGUUUGUAAAAAGCAAGUGAACAAUAUUUUAUGACUGUGUAUAUUGGAUACAUUCCAUCCCUAUUGUUCUUUAAAAUCAGUGUUUUAUAAAUGUAUGUAUCCUAAGGUUUAUAUAGGAUUUGGAAUGCGAAAAGUACUAAUUUUAAAGUUGACACACGUUGUGCAUAUCCCAACCAGAACUGGCUUUAGUUGAUAUCAAAAUUGACAGUCUGGUCGUACUUUGGCCAUUUUCAUAGAAUUUUGUCCUUCUGUGUCAACAUGCACAAUUCAAAAGGUAACGGUAACACAGAUCUUGAACGUUUUGGAUACGAUUUUACGUAAAAUGAAGCUUUAACUAACUUUAAUUUACUCAUUGGGCAUAAAAAUGAAUAGUUAUUAGAGAAUCUGGAUUUUAAGUAUGACUUGCAUGUCAAUAGGAGAGCUACUUAAAGGGAAAGAAACAUUUAGAGAAGUCACUUUUCUUGCUAUAUAUAUUUUGAAUGGCUUCAGGUGUUUCUUUGUGUGGAUGGGAGUCAACAGGUCGUGGUGACUUACAGAAAAAAAAAGGUAAGGAGGAUAAAAAAAAAAACAUAGUGGGCUCCCGGGUUACAGCGGCGAUAAAUGCAGAUUGAUAGAUCCACACGGCGAUAAUCUGACUUCUUUCUGGCUCUUACACCCUGUAACAACAUGGGGAAACAAAAUAAAAAGUACCAAGAGGACGGAUCCCAGAAAAUCGGCGAUCUUUUCCUGUGAAGGCCAAAACCUAAAUUGGCGGCAACCCCAGAUCACCAAAGCUCAUCCUCAGAGGAGGAAACACUGGAUGCUCCAGACCCCAUACCAGAGGCUGCCAACCCUAUUCCGAACCUAUCACUUGGAGACCUGAGAGCUCCUGCCACCAAAGGAGAUAUCCUGAACAUACUGCAGAAUCUGCACACCCUGUUACGCUCAGUCAUAGCGGUUCUGCAAGAAGAGGUGACCGCUGUUACAGGCAGGGUGAGGGCCGCUGAAGAGGACAUCACCUCCAUGGCACAACACCAUCAAGCAACAGAGGAGAAGCUAGUACACCUCCAGUCCUCGCACCAAGCACUACAAGCCUGGCUGGAUGGCCUAGAUAACGCAAGAUGCCGUACCAACCUAAAAAUCAGAGGCAUUGCCGAAUCUAUCGACGACAAUGAACUGCCUAAAUUCAUUCAACGCCUCUUAACCACAAUACUCAACCCCAAGCAAGCGAGGAUUGCGCAUGUGGAAGGUAUCCAGAGACUCCCCAAAACUCCAAGAGCUCCAGCAGAGGCCUCCCUAGAUGUUAUCCUCCUCUUUCAAUCUAUUUGAGAUAAAAUGGUGGUUAUGGCAGCGCUCAACAACAGGAGCCCCUACCAAAUUUAGGACAUGCAGCUCACAAGACCUUUGCAGAGCUACUCUGACCCGGAAAUGGUCAGUCCAGCAUGUCACCACCACCCUCAGAGCAGUUGGAGUCAAAUACCGAUGGGGCCAUCUAUGCUCCCAGUCACCAAGGGAGCGACCACCUUCCAACUGACGUUGACAGAAGACUCCAGCUCCUUCCUCAGCAAACUGGGACUGAAUAAACCAGACCCCAACAACCCCACUCCUAACUCCUCCUGGGAUGUCCCAUUUGUGCCCCGCUCUGCUGCUGACACAGGCUGAAGCCACAGGGACACUUCUGAGCAGGAUCAAUCCAUCUGGAUGUUGGGUCACUGUACUCUAAGACACCUUCUGGCACAUGUUCACAGUAUUUUUUUUUUCUUUUCCUAUCGAGUUACUGUUAAGUGUUAAUUUUAUUAGUUAUCUCAUCUUUAUAGCGAGACAGCACUCCAUUCCCCACAACCACAACUGGGGCCCCCUCUCUCCCCUCUUUUGGAGCUCAGAGGUUAAUAAGCGCCAAACAAAUUAAUAAUCUGUAUGGGUUAACAAGACAUCAUACCACUCUCUCCUUAUUACUUUGAUGGCAUGAUUUUAACCCCCUAUGAACAGCCAAUCACCCCUUCCCCAAAUAGUAUCAACGCUAUAGACGAUAAACAUUCCUCCAAGCUAAAUUCACCGGCAACCCAGGCUCUUCAGCUACCGGGGAGCCCACCCACUCCUAAACAGAUGGCGCACAGCUACUUACCCAUGUCUAAGACCAUAUAGACCUUUCCACCCCACACAAGCUUAUAAACAAAUCCUUAUCCAAUGCAAAAACCCUUGUCCCAACCGUUUACCUUAGUCAUGGUAUUAAAUGGCAUGAUGCCUCUGUAAACCCUGUUUUUAUCUUCCAAUGUUCCUUUAAACAAAGUACACCUGGGUGCCAGGAACGAAUACAAUAACCAAUAACCAUGGCAUACAGACUACGACUACUUCAGCACCCAGACGUGUCUAAACCGCAUGCACUUACGUACUAAUAUAUCUUUAGCACCAACAACACAAAAGAAGAAAAAUGGGCUGUAAUGUUCUGUUAUCAAUUCACAAUAGCAUGAGGACAGUAUUACAUAGUUACAUAGCUGAAAAGAGACUUGCGUCCAUCAAGUUCGGCCUUCUUCACAUAUGUUUUUGCUGUUGAUCCAAAUGAAGGCAAAAAACCCAGUCUGAAGUGCUUCCAAUUUUGCAACAAACUAGGAAAAAAUUCCUUCUUGACCCCAAAAUAGCAGUCAGAUGUCUCCUUGGAUCAAGCAGCUAUUACCUCACUAAUUAGAAAUUAUAUCCCUUUAUGUUAUGUUUUUGUAAGUAUUUAUCCAAUUGCAGUUUAAACAUCUGUAAUGACCCUGACAAAACCACCUCUUCAAGCAGAGAAUUCCAUAUCCAUAUCAAAACGGUUUUCUUCGGCCCAAAGAGUUCACCACUACUAACUAUAACUCCCCCAAAUUCAUCACAAGGUCAAACCUGGUGAAGGUACAAGAUCACUAUCUGCUAUCCCUACACCAUACCAAAACUAGCGCCAAAGGACAGACGGUCACUAUUACUCCACUAGUAAUAAAUGGUGUCCGGUGGAAGUUUUCGACAAAUAUCUUUCCUUCUGUACAAUAGCUCCAACACAACCACUCCUGACCUUACACAGUAAUAAGCUCACUACUAAAUUCAUGGUGUAUGUUAGAAUGUUGUUGGUCCGUUUAGGAUUGAACCCAGCAAACUACUCUGGUCACUCAUUUAGAAUAGGAGCCGCCACUACAGCUUCUAAAAAGAAUAUCCCGGCUCACAUCAUUAAAAUUUUAGGCCGAUGGAAAUCCACAGCUUACACCAGAUACAUCCCUCAGCCAAUACAAGAGGUGCGCCUAGCAUUCAAGACUAUGAAUAUGUGAUAUGCUAUGAUGUAUUUGUAGGAUGAAUAAACUGGUUUAUAUCUUUUUUGCCCUCUUUUAUUUCAGGCCUACUACCUCGUCAGUUCCGGCACACCACAACUGAAAUUUCCAUUCUCUGUUUGUCUUAUGUUACUAAUGCUACGGCUUUAUGCCGUGACCACAAAUCCAAGGCGUGGCCUGAAGUUGUGGGAAGGGCUUGGUUCCCCUUCUUAAGGAGCACCAGCCCUUCCCUCAUUACCUUUUAGGUCUGGCGAGUUGUCCCACCCACCUCCUUUUUAUAAGCAUUUCAUACGGUAGGCCCUCUUUUAUUUCAGGCCUACUACCUCGUCCGUUCCGGCACACCACAACUGACAUUUCCAUUCUCUGUUUGUCUUAUGCCGUGACCACAAAUAAAUAUAUAUAUAUAUAUAUAUAUAUAUAUAUGUCAUUCUAAGUGUAUUUUGUAACCAAUAUAUAUUAAUAACAAAAUACAGUUAGAAUGAAAUUACAUAUGAAUAUAUAAAUUAUAUUAAAUUUUGUUUCAAUAUUUUAUUUAUUAUUGUAAUUAUACGUAUAUAUCUAUUAUAUGUGUGUAUGUGUAUAUAUAUAUAUAUACACACACACACACACACACACACACACACACUUCUAUUUUAUUUUAUAACAUGUUUAAUGAUUUUUUUACUUUUCCACCAGCAGGGGGACUGUCUGACAUUUCAGACAGUCCCCGUGCUGGCAGAUCCACAGCCAGCUAUAGGGGGCCAUGUGAUUGCUCUUUGAGAGCAAUCACAUGGCCCCCAGGGGGGCCUGAUUUGUCAGGGGAGGGCUGUCUGGGCUGUCAGGCAGCCCUCCAGAAGAGGAUCGCAGCGGAGGUGAGUACCGCGGACCUCCAAGGGCUCAAAGCCAUUACGGUGUUCUAUGCCGCCGCAACGGCUUUAAAGCCCACUUAAUGCGGGACGGCAUAGAACGCCGUAACGGUGUUAACGGGUUAAAAGAUCAACAUCAACAUUGUUUGUUAUUACUAGAUCCUUUCUAGUUGGUGCUUGUACAAGUUGUGACAUAAAUGUGUAUGUGUAAUUUAUGUCCGGGUAAUUAAAUUCUCCAAUAAUUAACAUGUUACCCCGAUUUGCAGCUUUCCCAAUUGACUCUAACAGCAGUUCUUCCUCAUUAACAUUUACAUUUGGUGGUUUUUAACAUAUCCCAACCAAUAAUUUAUUUCCCUUUGUUUGCCCCAAUCAGAUAUCUACCCAUAAAGUGUCCACAUUUUCCUCGUCACACUCCACAUGAUUUGACUAACUCAUGGCUGACAUACAAACAUACCCCACCACCCUUCUUGUUUUUUCCAAUCCUUCCUAAAUAACGUGUACCCAUUUAAGUUAACUGCCCAGUCAUGUGUCUCAUCCCACCAUGUUUCUGUUAUGCCUAUUAUAUCAUAUUGUUUAGUGUAUGCUAUUGCCUCUAGUUCCCCCAUUUUGUUAUAUAGGCUCCUUGCAUUAGUAAGCAUACAUUUAAUAUUACCAUGAGUCAAUUGUACUUUUUGUGAAUUAUCAGUAUUACAUACCUCCUCUAUUCUGAGCUUUCCCCUCCCCCAUCUCCACCCCCUUUGUUCUGAGCUAAAGCCCAUCUCCUUUCUGUCCUAUCUCCAUUUUCUAGAUUGCUUUGACCCUCUCCCCUACUACUAGUUUAAAAUCUCCUCCAACCUUCUAGCCAUAGAGUCCCCUACCACCACAACCUGUCUAGACUUCCUUACCCUCUCAACCCCACCUGUACUAGAGGGGCUGUUCCCAAGGCUGUUAGAAGGAACAGCUUCCUGCUCCCAACAUAUUCACUCAAACGGGCAAAUCUGUUAGGCUGCAUAAACGGGCAAAUCUGUUAGGCAGCACUAGAUCAGGACUAGCUAAACCUUUCCUCUUUCCUCCCCCUCUGCUUCCUCGCCCCACUGUUACCCAGCUAUGUGCCUGUUCUCCAACUGUCUCAUCUCCUCCCACUCCACUAACUGCACCUACUAAACUCUGCUCAGUGAGCAGCAGACUCCUCUCAAAAUUAUCAAUCUCCCUCCGUGUUGCAAUUUGCCUCUCCAGAUCUCCAAUCCGAGCUUCCAGAAAAGCCAGUCGCUCACACCCACCACAGAGGUAUGGACCCUGGACAGAUUUAUCCAGGCAUGCAUACAUGCAGCAGGAUGUACACUGAGUAAAACUUGUACACUUGCUAGCACUCAUCCCCAGUUACCAAAAAACACAAGUGAGCAAAAACAAUAUUUACCCUCUUGGUUUUAACUCCUGUUGUUUUAACUCCUACUUAAGAGACUACUUUAAAUAGCCUACUUUCAAGCAAGCUCUGUGAGUCAGUAGUGGGUUUAUAUUGGUAAUACAAAUCCCACACAGGGGGAAAUUAAGGGGCACUCCCCCUAAUUAGCUCAGCAACAGCACCCACAGGGAGAGGAAUAUAAACAGCAAGAGAGGAGGGAAAAAAGAGAGGAGGGAAAAACUUUUAAAAUAAAACCAUCAAGAAGAAAAAAAAAAAAGUCAAAGUUUAAAUAAACACAGCAAGAAAUAAAUAUAUAUAAGAAAAGGUUAUAUAAAACAUUAAAAUAAAUCAAAACAGCAAGGAGAAAAUAAAUGUAAAAAGGGUCAAACUUAAAAACAAAACAAAAAAAAUAUAAAAAAUUUAAACCUGCUUUUAUUCCCACUUGGUAUUAACUAAUACCAACCACAGUCCACCUGUUCUCUGGACAGUCCACUGAUGACCUUUGAACCGGAAGUAGAUAGUUCUGUACUGAACCAGGAAGUCCCUGAGCGGUGGGUCGGGGCCCUAAAUUAGAAUGAGGGGGUACCUAUUGUCCUCCCCCCCUGGCCCCCACCCCUGAGUGGUGGGUGGGGGCCCUAAGUUAGAAUAGGGGGGGACCUAUUGUCCUCCCCCCGGCCCCCAUCCCUGAGCAGCGGAUGGGGGCCCUAAAUAUCAAUAAAAGGGGGACCUAUUGUCCUCCCCCAUGGCUUCCACCCCUGAGCGGCGGGUGAGGGCCCUAAAUAUCAAUGGGGGGGGACCUAUUGUCCUGCCCCCCCCCCCCACUCCUGAGCAGCGGGUGGGGGCCCUAAAUAAAAAUGUAACACCCCCCCAGGUGACUAGGGGUCCCCAAACCCCUAGUCACCCCCUCCUCCCCCCCUCCCCCCCAAAAUAAAAUGACCCCUACCUACCCCUAGUCACCGGGGGAGUUAGUUAUUUAGGGCCCCCAUCCACCACUCAGGGGUGGGGGCCAGGGGGAGGGAAUAGGUCCCCCCCUUUCAGGUUAGAAGCCCCCCUCCCCCACUGUUUACUAGACACGUGGUAUAGCGAGUAGGGGCAGAAUGUACUAGUACUAAGUAAUUUUUACUUUGUAUUAGUAAAUGUGGCUGAAAGACCAAAUAAAGCCACCUGCUGCAGAUUGUAAGGCUUUUAAAUCUAACCAGUUGAGUGGGAUAGGGAGGAUCUGAAAAAAAAAAGAAAUUCGGGAAGUGGGUUCAUCUUGAAAAAGGCAAAAAAACACAGUCCAGCCAGAAGAUCCCCAAUUCUCUCUGUCUCUGGAGGUCGGUCAGUGCUUUACCUAAACAGUUUAAACAUGCUUCAGUUAACCUUACCGGGAGGAAUUCAGGUAUAGUUAAAUUUACUUUGUAUCCAGAGAUGAUUGAAUAUUGCUCUUAUUAGGUCUAGCAAAGCUGGUGUCAAUGUAUCAGAAUUAGUAAGGAUGAGAAUUAUGUCAUCUGCAUAAGCUGCUACUAUGAAUUACUCCUUCCUUAUAGUGAGCCGGAUGAGGGCUGGAUUAUGUAUGUCAUCUGUAACAAGGGUUCAAGGGAAAGGGUGAAUAGUAAUGGAGACCAUGGCAUCACUGCCUAGUCCAAUUCGUUAUGGAGAAGGGGAGAGCAGGAAUAUUUGGUAAUAGAAGGUGGUAAAUGGCUUGUGGGAAGCUUGGAAACUCUUCUGGAAAAUCUAAAUGUGAUUGCACUGUGAACAGGAAGGGCCACAGGAGGCGAUUGUAUGUCCUCAUUGCAUCUAAUGAAAUUCCUGCCAUUGGAAUGGUUUCAUGGGUGACAUAUCAAAUUAGAUCUGUGCACCUGCAUGUAUUGUCAGCUUCUUGUUUGUUUGGUAUAAAACUGACCUGGUCAGGGUGUAUUAAAUGUUCAAAUAUCGAUUUAAAUUAUUAACCAUAACUUUUGUUAAAAUGUGUAUGUCUCCAUUUAAAAGUGAGUUGGGCAAUAGUCUCGAGGAUUAUUGACGGUUUUGGGAAUGUGCAUACAUUUUGACUGUCCUAUCAGAAGGUAGUUUCUCCUCUCUUAGGAGUUUGUUAAUAUAAAUAUAAAUAUAUAUAUAUAUAUAUAUAUAUAUAUAUAUAUAUAUAUAUAUAUAUAUAUAUAUAUAUAUAUAUAUAUAUAUAUAUAUAUAUAUAUAUAUGAGCAAUGAACCACUGGAUCCUUUAUAAUAUAGGGCUAAGAAGCCCCUCAGUCCGGCAUUCGUGUAUGGUUUAAAGGAGCUGUCUAAUUCUUCCUCCGUGCCUUUAAAUCUUUGGUUCUAAGGGCAGUACUGGCAUCUGCAAGGAGUUUAGGAACAAAACAAAAGUGAGUCAACUCCUAAAUGACUGAGAAUUGAGCAAUGAGACUGCAGGGGCAUGAUCUAUCAACUAAAACUGCUUCAUUAAGCUAGUUAUUUUGAUGCCCAUAGUAUUCCUUGAAAGAGACACUCUACUGCCCAAAUACAAAAUAAAUAAAAUCAUGGUUUAGUAGAUAUACCCCAAAUGAAACUGUGCAUGCAUUUAAUUAUGCAUUUAUCAUUAGUUAUCUUGUUUACUGCCUUUGCAGCCCUCCUCUUCUUACCUUGCCAAGACUUCACAAUGCAGCUCAAUGCAAGGCAGGUUCUUUUGGUAAUUACUGCCUCUUGAGUUCAGUGCAAUUGAGCUAACCAAACCAUGAAUUAACAGGACCUGUUGUCUGCUUGAAAAGCCAGGGGGGUGUAACCAGUAUAAUUUAGAAAAGUGUAAAUUCUAUUGAAAUUUGCCCCUUUUUCCAACCGAAAAAAAUAGGACAUAAAGCUUUUCAGCAAGCAGAAGUGCUUUAGGGGUUUGUAGGCCUCCUUUAGGGUGUCCUACAGUUAGUUUCAAGAAUAUGUGCAGAAUAUGAUGUAGAAAGUUUGAGUUACUACAACAAAAUGUUUUAAGUGUACCUUUCAUACCGCUUGUAACAUGAUGUGCUAGCAAAAUUAUCAACGAAUGAUGCAUUUAUAUCUCUAUUAUUAUUAUUAAUUUUUUUAUUACAAGCAUGGUCUAGAGUUGGUCAAAAAUAUAUACUGUAAUAACUUUUAAACUAUUAGAGGGACACUAUAGUCACCAAUGGAAGCUAUGAUCACGAGGCUGAAGCUCAAAUAUUUUGGCCAUAUAAUGAGAAGGCAGGAUUCUCUAGAGAAGACUCUGAUGCUGGGAAAGGUUGAAGGCACACGAAGAAGGGGACGACGGAGAUGGAUAGAUGAGGUCACUGAAGCCACAAACAUGAAGUUGUUGAAGCUCAGAGUGGUAGUGACUGACAGAUGUACCUUGCGUGCUAUGGUCCAUAUGGUCACGGAGAGUCGGACAUGACUGAACGACUAAACAACAUCAAUAGUCACCAGAAUAACUACAGCUUAAUAUAGUUGUUCUGGUGAGUAUAAUGAUCCCGGCAGGCCUUUUGCUGUAAACACUGUGUUUUCAUAAAAAACCUCCAGUGGCCACUCCUUCCUGGGGCAGUGCUGCACAGUGUGUAGCACUGCUGUUCAGCAUAUCCUCGCUUUGCAUGGAGACACAGAAUUGAGUCAAUGCAUCUUUAUGUGGAGGUGCUGAUUGGCCAAGCCUGUGUUUGGCCCUGCCCCUAUCCCGCCUCCUUGCAUCCUAUAUGAAAGCAUAGGAUUGGUUAAAAAUCGUUGAUUCUGAUGAUGUCACCAAGGAGGAGGAUCCGGGUCGGGGCCAGCACCGGAAAUAAGGCAAGUUUGAAUCCCUUCUAAGGUGGUUUUAACACUAUAGGGUCAGGACUACAUGUUUGUGUUCCUAACCCUAUAGUGUUUCUUUAAUCCUUAUUUAUCAGCCAUCGUGAAUGAGGGGGAAUUGAUUUUCAAGUGGUUUACACAUUAUCCAUUUAAUUAUCCAUAAAUCUGUGUCUGCUUGAAUGUGAACUUGCCAUUCAAAGGAGUAACAACAACUGAUUGAUAGACUAUUCAUUGCUCUUGGUGAUGUUCUUUCUUCUGUCCUAAUGUGAUCUCACUGAAAUAAACUAUUUGUUUGAAGGUACAGAAGUGGGUCCUAUUGUCAUAUAGGCAAUUUGCUAUUGUUUCGAUGUGGUUACAUAAUAUUUGGAUUGUCCUUAUCUAAAUGCUGUUUUCCCAAAUGUACUUUAGGUUAUCAUAGAUGAAUUAAUCAAGAAGUUAGAUGUGAAUCUAAAUGAAGACAUUAGCUGCCUGUCUCCUGAAGAGUUGCGACAGCGAGUGGACUCAGCCAUUGCCCAGAUUGUUAAUCCAGCAAGAGUGAAGGAACAGCUGGUGGAGCAGCUGAAAACUCAGAUACGCGAUUUGGAAAUGUUCAUUCAGUUCAUUCAAGGUUAGUGGUAGUGCUUUGAGCAAAUAAUACUUAACCCUAAAGAACAGGAAAGAUCAUAAGCUCCUGAUUACAAAAAUUGUAGGAACAUUUACUUAGAAUUGCGGUUGUCACAAUUUACUGACACGGUAUCUACUUUUUAAUAUUUAUUUUAAUCAAUCAUCAUGAUGCUAACUGCCCAUUUUAUAAACUAUGUAAUAUUUUGAUGCACUAUAAAUAAUAAACACGCCUUAGCAUGAGAUGAUUGAUUAAAAAAAAAAAAAGAAAAUUUUAAAAUGCAUGGAUUUUUACAAGAAAGCAAAUGCGUUUGCUAUAGAGUGUAUUUGAGAGCGGAAGCCCCGAUAUGGUGCUCUAAAGUCUCCAUCUCUAAGGUUGAUGGAAGGGGCUGGAUGAUAUUAAUGUAUUUUUUAUUAUUAAUUUUACAUCAAACAGCUGCUUCUCAAAGCACUCAUUUAUAAAAAAAAAACUAAGAUCAGUAGGGUAGAGCUAAACUUAAGGGGAAGGGGCAUUGCCCAACAAGUGCUUCUAGGAGGUGGAUUUGGAGAACACCUUGCUGUACACCCGUUUUAUAGGAAAAGACUGUAUAAUCCCUGUCUCUGGAUACAGUUGUAUCCACAGACUGGGAUUAUACCGUCUAUGCCUACAGUAAUAAUGAUAUAUAAGCGCUACAAAGUGUGAGUGUCCCUUUGGCAAUGCAAUUUUAAUUUAAAUAUAUAUUAUAUUGUGCAGCACUAUUAUAGUUUUCUCUAUUAACAUACACCCUGUGGAAGUUUCCUCUAUUAUUUGUUUGUAAAUUUUCAUUUUUGAUGUACUAUCACUAAGCGUGGUUCACCACUUUGUGUAUAUUUGCUUGUUGUUCACAAGAUGGGAACUCCUUGAAGGUGGAUUGCUGCUUUUCUUCUUGCAACAUGCUUGUUGGGACAGCAGGACAGGAUCCACAAAUCAGGACUGUCUCACAGAAAUCGUAAUGGUUGGGAGGCCUGAGAAUGGUGUCUUUUUUUUUUUUUUUUCUCUACACAGAUUAUACCUGUGCAUUAUCUGUUCUGAUGUUGUUAUCAAUAUAAUGGAAUUUAAAAGAUUGCUCCAACCACCAUGACUAUUUCAGUGAUUUGAAGAGGUCAUGGUGGUGGUAGUAUAUAUGUGCAACGUUUCAACUUAAAACAUUGCACAUGGGGGCGCUUGGCCUGACCAGCAUGGUAGCCAGAUGUGCAGUGUCUGUAAAACUCUUGCAAAACAAGCUUUAACAGGGGGAAAAUACCCUCACACGAUACCCAAGAGACUAAGUAACUGCUCCUGCAUGUGGUGGAGCUUCCUCACGCGUGUCUGGAGCCUAAUUUUACAAUUUGCAGCUUGAACAUAUGCCGAGGCCUACAAGCCUGCAGUAAUCCUUGGAAGGGAGAAACAGCCUAUCUUCCGGCCUGGACCUGCUAACGCCGGUGACAUUUGAGGCGGCUGCUCCGUUACACUGGGUCUCAGUCCACUAGGGUUUAUCCCCCCCAAGUACAGCCCACACUCUCUGGACGAAUUUCUCGGGGACAAACACAAUCUGCUGGGAAGAGAUCCCGAGUCACUGCCUGGACCAUUGAAGGCAACCGGACUGGUGGGAAACAGAUGCUGGACUGUUGCAGAGCCUGGGGUUGGUGGGGAGAGUCCUCAGAGAACCAGGGGUUUCACCCACCUUUGGAUGGGCUACACUGGUCAGUGGGCAUAGGCUAGAUGCCCUUUGUGGCUUAUGGCCUCCCAUCUUGCUUAGGCUCCUAGGUCCAUGCAAGGCAAAGCCAAAUUUAACCACGUGCUACUUUCUACCCACUAUAGAUUUUUAAUAUUAUAUCUUAUGUCUCCGUUUUUUUCUUUAAUGUGAUUGGCACCAGUGGUAUUAUCAUUCUGAGAACACCAUCAUGAGAUUAUUAUUGGGCACUAUGCCCUUCAUGUAUACUUUAAGCUUGUUGGAAAUGCAGUUCUGUUCUCAUAGUACAACUCACGCUAACCAUGUUACUUAUUCACAUAUCUAGCCUACCUUAUAGCACUGAUGUUUAGACGUGUUUGUUAUGCUUGUAUAAUUGAAAAACACCAACAAAAAGAGGCUGUCACUCAGGAGAUUAUGUCAUUGUGAAUUUUUUUUGCAAUGUUGUUCUGUGAUCAUCUGCUAUAACUCCUUCUCUUUUUUUUGUACCAUAACUUUUAGUGACUCAAUAAAACAAAGAUUAACCAAAAAAAAAAAAAAAUUGCACAUACUGAGUAACCUGCACUUCUGUGCCAAGGGCUAGUUACACCCCCAGCACACACUUUUUUGGGGAUAUCUAAUGUCAAUUAUGUGCUUUAAAUAUGUCUGUCGUCGGUACUCGCAUCAUGCUGACAAUGAACGUAUUGAACGUUUUUGAAGCAUUUUUGUCCCUUCCCCUCUUCCAAAUAAAAUUGCUUGUUUAAAAAAAAAAAUCCCAACCCCUCUAUUCCUAUCCACUCCUUCUCCCCCAGCCAGCUUAGAUUGUGUGCAUGCGCUCUGAGCUGGAGAAACGGUUCAAUUGCUGGCUUCUCUGUUUGCCCAUUCAUGACAGUAGCAAAGCCCUGGAAUUCAGCACUGGGUGCAUUAUCUUUUUCAGGUUAGAGUGGGCAGGCUUUUACACAGAAAAUAUCUAACCCUUUAACAUUUGUAAUGUAAAAUGCAAGUCAUAUAAUGAUUAUCCCAAGUAAUUGAAAAUGGUUCUGAGAAUGAGUGAUGCAGCGGUGGAGUAGCCAGAUUAAUGCAGGCAAGGUGUCUUUUAAGUAAACACGAUUACAUCAGAGAUCCACAUACAAUUCAACAUCAAUAUAAAAAGUACAGUAAUGGGUGGAAGUUUAUAAAGACCUAAAGAUCUCCGCUUAUUUUUAUAAAUACAACUGGAUUAUAGCUGAAUAUAAGUGUGUGCUAUGUUAAAAUGUUUGUAGUGUGAUAAAAAUCUAGACAUGGUUUGGUUUUGCCACAUUCAGUAGAUACCAUUCGGACUUUAGUGAAUGAACCUGUCUUUUUAUUUUUAGAUUUUGGUUUUGCAUUAUUUGUUUUCUUUGUGAUUAUUGAUAGAUUGUCUAUGUAGCUUCAUUUCACAAUUGCAUUUUCUCCCCACAACCAUUUUUCUCAAUGUACAUUUUCCCUCUAGAUUGUACAUUUACGGGCAGGGUUCUCUUCUCCUUUUUAUCCAAUGUGUCUAAAUUUUUAUCCCCAUAUUUUAUUACCAGUUUUAUUAUUGAGUAAAUUGUAUAGUUCUGUGGAUAAGAGCGCUAUAUAAGAACAGAUAAAUAAAAUCUUCAGGUGUACCUUUACUGAGUUUUCCCCAAUGUUGCAUGCUUUACAUUUCUUGCAAGGAACAAGGGCAUUGCCUGUAAAUCUUUAUGUAAGAUAAUGUAAUGCAGAAUGGAGUCUUUCAUAAUAUAGUAAUUUAGGAACGAUCUUUGAAAAUUCUGCAGAAGGCACAACGAUUCUUGAUCCAAGGAUAAAUCUGUCAUACUGGGGACAAGUGGGAUUUCGAAGUUUGUUGCACAUGUCUUUUUUCAGCCUAUGUAACAGGCUAUUAUCCUACAGUUAUUGUUCUUACAGUAAAAAAACUUUAGACUAAAUCUGCUUUCUUCCAGUCUAAACGCAUGACGUCGUGUUUUUCACACAAAGGUUUGUAUUGGCCCCCGGAUAUAUUUGUAUAAUGGAUUUUUACACAAUGGUUUGUAUUGGCUCCGGAUAUAUUUGUAAAAUGUUAUCAUAUCCCUCUGAGGUGAUGUUUGUCUAAACUAAAGAGGUUUACAUUUGUUAACCUUUCUAAAUAGCUAAAAUGUUCCAUUUCUUUUAUUAAUUUUGUAGCCCAUCUCUGCACCUUUUCUAGUGCCAUUCUAGUGCUGUUGACUAUAAAGUAUUUUAAUAUAUGAACAAGCUCUCAGUUCCUUUUUUUUUUUUUUUUUUUUCAGAUGAAGUUGGCAGCCCCAUGGCUUGUUCAACUAAUGGUGCAGGAGGAUACCAACAAGCUACACAUUCAAGAACCAAUGGUAAAGAAUUCAAUAUAAUAAAAUCCUAUUCCACUGCAAGGUUAAACCAUGCUUCCUUUGUCAUUUUGCAUAUAUAAUGGUUUGUUUAAGGGCUAUUUUGAGACACAAGGCAUUUGUCACCAAGGCCUUUUUUGCACUUUUGUCAUGCGGUCAUUCUACCACCAUUUCACUCUUUAUGCUUAAAGUGGCACUGUCAACAUGGGGUGAUUUUGCAUCAUUUGCAGAGACACUCGACUGUGACAUAGUCGCUGUCAUCCUCUUACAGCCGGUCACCUUCUGCUCCUGGAUCCUGGUAUGCACUAGAUUAGAGCAGAGAGGUAACCACGUGAUUCUCUAUAGACAGAGUAAAUUUCCCUGCAGCCAUCAUUGGUGACUGCUGGGUAAUUGACACUUCUUGACACCGAUAGCUCCACUCAGUGUUAAGGCAUAGGAAAAUUACUGAGACAAAGUAGUCCGUGAAAUUUCAACACAGUCGAUAUGAGUAUUUCACAUUUUAAAUGCACCCAUACAUUAUAUAUCAUAUUCAAUGAUAAAUAUGGCUUUCUUUUGAUACCCUAUUUGUUUACAUAUCACAAUAGUAAAUAGGAGUAAAAUAUAAAAAAAAAUUAAAAUAUUUUUCUCGGUUUUACUUUUACUAAUGUUUAUACAUGUAGUGCAACUAAAGAAACCUAAUUCAAAAUAGGUUCUAAUUAGCCCUGGUUUUUUACUAAUGCCAAUAUGUCUAGGAUUUCAAUAAAUUUUUAGAGUUAAUAAAACAAAUAUUGCAAGGAGCAUAUUACGGUUUUAAAGUUAAAACCUUGCAAAAUCUUUUAUAGUACUCCCAGAAUCCAAAACCGCUACACAAAAGUAAGUAUUUGUAAUAAGUACAUCCCACAGCAUUUUGACACUUUUCAUUUAGUAUUAUUACAAACCUAUGUAAAAAUAUUCAAUAAGUUGUAUUCUUUUUCACAAGUGUUUUGUUUAAAGGAAAUUCACAGACUACACCUUUCCCACUACUGGGAGGCGUCUUAAUUACAAUCAGAGACACCUCUCUAAUUAGGUGAUUUAGGCGGCAGCAUAAGUCAUCUUAGGGUAGACUGACUGUGACUGAGGGCCUGAAACCACCGCCAGGAGGAAAAAGAGCCAGCGCCUGGUGCAGAGCUGCAGACUGAAGUGUCUCGCGACCUCCAGCCAAUCAGUGUUGCCGCAGGCUACCACGGCAAAGCUCUGACACAUCUGAAGAGUGCGAUACUGCUAUCACGUGGUCUGCAGCUCUACACCCUGCGGUGCUCAGGGAGACUGGACCACCGCGGAAAUCCACUGGACCACCAGGGAAUUGAUUAACCAAAAAAAAAGGCUAUGUCAUUCCCCUUACACUCUAUCAUACACUGUCACCCCCCACUGUUUGUCUCUCCAUACUGUCAGCCCCGCACACACACACACACGAUCACCCCCAUCUAGACACAGUCACCCUGCUACACUCACAGCAACUCCUCCUUACCCAUUCACACUCACCCCCUCCAACUUUGCCGCACUUCCCUCCCUUAACCCCCUUCUAAUCCUGUCAAAACUCACCUCCCCUCGUCCUAUUACACUCCCUACUCCAACCAUGCCACACUCACCCACAAUACUUUUACACAAACCCUGCCCUCCUUACAUUAAAGGAUCACUAUAGGGUCAGGAACACAAACGAAUUCCUGAACCCAAAAGUGUUAAAACCACCAUCUAGCCUCUCUUGCCUCCAUAAAUAUAGCAAAAUCUUACUGUAUUCAAGCCUGAAGCUGUAACUCUGCAUGCUGUUUGACAUCAUCAAAAGUGGUAGCCUGAUCCAAUCACAGUGCUUCCCCAUAGGAUUGGCUGAGACUGACAAAGAGGCAGAUCAGGGGCAGAGCCAGCAUGAUUCAAACACAGCCCUGGCCAAUCAGCAUCUCCUCAUAGAGAUGAAUUGAAUUAAUGAAUCUCUAUGAGGUAAGUUCAGUAUCUGCAUGCAGAGGGAGGAGAUACUGAAUGUUUGGAUGCAUUUUAGACAGCCAUGACCCAGGAAGGAUCUCUAACAGCCAUCUGAGGAGUGACCAGUGAAGUUAUCAUUAGGCUGUAAUGUAAACACUUAAUUUUCUCUGAAAAGACAGUGUUUACAGCAAAAAGCCUGAAGGUAAUGAUUCUACUCACCAGAACAAAUUCAAUAAGCUGUAGUUGUUCUGGUGACUAGAGAGUCCCUUUAACAUCUUUAAUCCUUGUCACACUCAUACUGUCAAUUAACUCCCUCCUUAAUCCUGUCACAUUCACUCCUCCACCCAUGACACAUUCACCCCAACCCUGAAUAACCCUGGAUACUCACCUUCCAACCAUGUCACACUCAGCCCGCUCACUCUGCCACACUCAACCUGUCAAUUAACCCCCCUUAAUCUUGUCACAUUCACCUCCCCUUGUCCUGUAAUACUCGUGCCAACCCCACCAUGCCACAUUCACCUUGUCACUUUAACUCCCUAAUCCUUUCACACUUACCUCCCCUCACCCUGUAACACUCACACUUACCCUGCCACCGUCACCCCCUGAAGACAAUCAUCAUACACACAGUCAUAAACAUAGCUUCUCCAUAAACACAGUGCUCAAAGGCCACAGGCAGCCCCACCAUAUGCACAAAACCCCACACACAUAUUGCGCCAUCAGCAGGACAGGAGAGCACACAAACCUUUUAGCCGCAACCAUAUUAUACAUGCACUGCAUGUAUAAUGGGUACAGGAUGACUAAAACAUAAGAACAAAUCAGUAAAGUGUCCUUCUGCUUCCAGUGAUGGUGACUACCGUCACAACUACUAAAUGUGUCCAGCAUUUGUGAUAAAGUUCACAGAAACAUACAUUCACAAACAAGGAUACUCACUGUCAAACGCACACUCUCAGGCACAUACACAGUUAGAUAAUGCAAGACCCACUAAGAAAUACAAACAACCAGACAAAAAACACACUGUGACUGUAUGUCUGUAUUAGUCAAUAUUUGGGUAUGCAUGUAUCAGUGUGUAGAUAUGUUUGUGUAUAUAUGUGCAUGUAUUGGUGUGUAUGUGUCUGUCUGCAAUGUUAAGGUGUUAUGGUAUGGGCAAUGCAAAGGUAAAGUGGCAACAUAUAUAUUUUAUACAUAUAUAUACAAUACAUGGGAAAACACAAAUAUGAUAUAUAUGUGUGUGUGUGUGUGUAAAUAUAUUAUUAUUAUUAUUAUGAUAUUUAUAUUGCGCCAUCAAAUUCCGCAGCGCUUUAGAAUGGGUGGACGAACAGACGUAGUUGUAACCAGACAAGUUGGACACACAGGAACAGAUGGGUUGAGGGCCCUGCUCAAUGAGCUUACAUUCUAGAGGGAGUGGGGUAAAAUGACACAAAAAGGUAAAGGAUAGUAUUAGACUAAUGACAGUUGCAGAAGAGGAAUCAGUCGGGAGCUAUUAAUAGUUUAAUUGAUACUUUUAUGAAGAAGUGUGUUUUUUAACGAUUUUUUUUGAAGUAUAUAUGUGUAAAGAAUUAUAGAAUAUGUGGGGAAAAUGCCUAUGAUACUGUUUUCUUACAUGUAUCUUUAUUAUUUGGUAAAUUAUCUUUUUUAAAGCCCAACCAAAAUUUAAAUUUUUGUAAUCCAUUCAUACCGGCAAUUAUGUAUACACGACUGCCAGGCUAUACAACCACACCCCACAAUAUUGUAUAAACAAUUUGCAUACUUGCAAAUUAAAUUUGUUUAUUGCAAAUUAUGCUGUAACUACAGUCCGAGAGCUCACAAUGCUGUGGUACAGGGAUUCUGUAUCCAAUGCUGCAAGCCCGCUCUUCAAUAUAUCUACAGCUCUUUAUAGACACACAAGGCAACCCCUGUUUUGUUUUUGUUUUCCCCCCACUAACGGUUAGUGGGGGCCUCAUGUCUGAAUUUCACCUAAGGUCUCGAAAAGGACAACUUGCCUCAAUUACAGUCUAUAAUGAAUGUGGCGGCGAGGCUCAUCUUCCUAUCCGCCCACACCUCCCACGCUUCAUCCUCCCCCUGUCAGUCCCUUCAUUGGCUUCCCGUAAGAUAUAGGGAUUAAUUAAAAAAUCUGGUUCUUGCUCUUUUAAAUCUCUAGAUAAUGAUACUCCCACCUAUCUAUCCUCCCUAAUACACAAGUAUGUCUCGUCGAGGCCCCUACGCUCUGCCAAAGCCCUACGUCUAUCCUCUGUACUCCCACCUCUGAUGCUCGCCUUCAAGACUUCUCUAGGGCUGUACCGCUCUUGUGGAACUCACUUCCCUUUUCCAUUAGACACUCACCCAGUCUCCACGCCUUCAAAACACCAUUAAAAACUCACUUUUUCACAAAAGUGUAUCAAUUAAACUUUUAAUGGCUCGCAACUUAUUCCUCUCCUGCAAUGGUCAUUAAAAAAUAAACAAAAAAACACUAAGUCUUUAGUGAAUACUAUUCUACCAAUCUACUUUCCUAAUACUAUCCUUACCUUUUGUGUCACUUUAUCCCAAUUCCUCUAGCAUGUUUCCUCAACCCCUCUGUUCCUGUGCAUCAAACUUGUCUGGUUACCAUUACAUGUUUGUUAGUCCACCCAUUGUAAAGCAAAUUUGUUGGACCUAUAUAAAAUUAAUAAUAAAAGGGCAUCUGAUAUAUUUUGUUGUUACAUAGUGAAACCCCCUCCCUGAAAAAAACGUAUAUGGGGCACUGUUAUAUUGGUGAGAGAAUGUAAAUACAAAUAUUGAGGCUUUAUUGCACAUAUCAGAAUUAGAACAUUUUAUGUGUGUGAAAAAACACAAAAGAAAAUGUAACCACUGUGGCAUAGCUCCUGUACUGUGACAAUGUACCUCCACCCAGUUCGCUUCCAAAACGCUUGCCGGAACCCUGAAGCUCUCCAACCCAAGGCUUGACAGGGGUUUCUCUGGAGCUCUUCCACCCAACCAGGCUGCAGCUCUCCUUCCAAGCAGUUAUGGUCCCCUCUGCCUAUUCCUCUGCAGUCCUUCUUCCAGGCAGCUAUUGUCCCUUCUUUUGCCUGUACCUCUGUAGCUUUCCUUCCAGGCAGGUAUGCACCUCUGCCUGCAAUGUUAUUGCUCUUGUCUUUAUAAAGACAUGGUCCCAGGACUAGAGUUAUCCUGCAGCCAGCCAACAGGUACUACAACUCUGUUGCUGGGAUCUGUAAAAAUCCACAAGGUUCCAAAUGGAACUAACAUACACGGCUUUAUUUUUUUACGUGGGACUAGCCCAUAUGCUUAUUACAUUAAGAUUGUUGUGACAAACUGAAUAAAAUGCAAAUAACCAAAACAAGGAAACAUACAGAAAAUUAUAAAAACAUAUUUGUAAUGAGGUGGGCAAAGAUAUUAAACACAAAAUAUCUCUCCUGCCUGCAGAAUUGGCAAUAUGCAGAUCUACCUGAAUAUGUAAAUUAUCAAGCCUUGUUAUUCAGGUAGUGCAUAUAGCUGUUGCUACCAACAGAUGACCCUAUAUGGGCUCCAUAGCAAAAUCCACCUAGCUGAUGGCAAGCAUCAGCAGGACAGGAGAGCACACAAACCUUUUAGCCGCAACCAUAUUAUACAUGCACUGCAUGUUUAAUGGGUACAGGAUGACUAAAACAUAAGAACAAAUCAGUAAAGUGUCCUUCUGCUUCCAGUGAUGGUGACUACCGUCACAACUACUAAAUGUGUCCAGCAUUUGUGAUAAAGUGGCUAGAGCAAGCAUCUCAAAUUACACCAUUUGGUUGCCUACUUUAAAAAAAAAAUGGUAUGUAAUCAUGCAGGUAAUUUUAUUGCCCGUACUGCAAUGCUGCCUCAAAAGCGACAUAAGCCCAGAAAAUUAAGUGGUCAAAUUUCCAAGUUGAAAAAUUCAUCUAACAUAUUGGGUUCUAUGACUUCCCAAAAAAACUUGUAAAACCAGUACAUGAGGAAGAUGUUGGUUCUUUUAUUACACGAACGCAGACCUGCACAACAUGGCAGUAGGUAGGGGACAAAUUUAAAAUAGGUUAAACUUCUACGUGGCACAGAUACGUUUUUAGUGCCUCACUUUCCAAGUAAAGGUAUAAUCAAUGAUGAAAGUAUUUUGCCAAAAAAUAAAUAAACCACAUUAUAAAAAUUACUUUGCUAAGCGGUACAAGUUUGAAUAACUAUUUCAGGUUUUCUUACCUUUUGUAGGACGUGUGUUCCAAAAUCUGUUAUUCUAUGAAAUAUGCAGCAGAAGGGAACAUAAAAGGAAAACAUGAAUAUACAUAAAAUAAUAUACACCCACAUUUAUUGGAGCUCUAAAGUGGCUCAUGUGGUGUAGAGUGGUAUGAUCUCCACUCUGGGAUAUGUGGGUGGUUCAGGUCCUCUCAGUGUGGAUAUGGCACAGAAAACAAGGCUAUAUAGUGCAUACCAUUAGUGUGUAAACAAAUGGAAAAUACUAACAGUAAAAAGAGCAAAUAUUGGUUUUCGCAAUCCUUAGGGCUAAGGUGUUAUAUUCAAAACCAAGAAAACUCAUAAGGCAGUGAGAAGCACAGGAAGGUCAAGGAUUAAUAAAAACAUAUAAAGAAAAAAAACAAUAAUAUAAUAAUACAAUUAGUGAUCACCCCAAUAUCACCAACACCCUGGUUAACUCUGAAAUCCGUGAAAUAAAACCAAAUCUAUGAAACAAGAAAUAGUGUGGUGUGGAUAAAUAGUCACUAGAGACCAAUACAGUGGAGGUUAAUAAAACACAGUAUUUGUACCUUUGGAUACUUCCCUAUAUUGGUUAUUCACAAUCCACAUAUAAUAUCACAGAUGUGGAGUUCCAAAUCUUCCACCAGUCCUCCGUACAUUCGCUGGUUCUGGGUCUCCCUUGUUUCAGGGCUUGUCCCUAUAUGGAUAAAGUACCAAACUGAAAAACUAUGAAAGCUCACAAUGCUCCUGUGUCCAAACGAUUUCGUCCUGUGAACUUCCUCAGUGUAGAGCUCCAAAUUUAGGAGUUACCAAUAUAGGGAAGUAUCCCAAGGUAAAAACACUUUUUUUUAUUUUUUUAUUUACCUCCACUGUAUUGGUCUCUAUUGACUAUUUAUCCACACAACACCAUUUCUUGUUUUGUAUAAUAAAAAUAUUUGUUCUUUAUUAAUAGUAUAAAAUAAUAAAAUGAUCUUAACAAUAUAGACUGUAAGUUCGUUUGAGCAGGGUCCUCUUCAACCUAUCGUUCCUGUAAGUUUUCUUGUAAUUUUCCUAUUUGUUGUUAAAUCCCCCCUCUCAUAAUAUUGUAAAGGGCUACGGAAUCUGUUGGCACUAUAUAAAUGGCAAUAAUAAUAACAACAAUAAACAAUAAUGUGUUUUGCCAACAGAAUAGACUUUAUCAACGUGUUACAGGGACCUGGAGACCUAUCUUCAUAUAGCAAAUACAAAAAUACACGGUCAAAUUAUGUCAUCGCCACGUGACCGCAAAUGAAUUGGCAUAUUAACAAUAAAUUGUAGUGUACAGAUUGGACAAUAAAUAUACAUUAAAAAGUGUAGAAGCAAGGGCUAAAUAGUGAUCUAUCACAAUAUUAAGUGUAUGGCUACUUCAAAAUGGCAUUGUCUAGCGAAUUAUGUGGCUUACAAUAUUUUUAAUAUUAGGAGAGACGGAAUACACUAUAGUGUAAAGGUACUUUGGACAAAAAAAAAAAAAAAUCAACAUGAUUUGGAAGAGGAGAUGUAAAAUGAAAAAGGAGAGAUACUCCAAUAUGGGGCCCGGGUCUGAGCUGUGUGACUCGUGACUACCGGCAAAUAUGCAAACUAUAGAAAAGGAAACAAUUUCUAAUAGAGGAGGGAAGGGGGAAGUGGACCCAAUAGAGAAAAAUUCAAAAUGAGGGCAAUUAUCGUAAGAACAGGAUAAAGAUUAUAUGAAGACUACCUUUGGCAAAAUGGUGCCGAAUGUAGUCACUUGGUGGGAGGAGAAAGGGGCUGAAUGUAUGGGAAAGAGAGACAAAUAAGGAAGCAUAAAAUUAAAUAACAGAGGUAGCCAAAAAGGUGAAUUAACUAACUAAAUCCAUAUUGGUGUGGAGGGAGGUGUAGGAAAAAUCAAGAGGAAAUAAGGUACAAAUGAAAGAGGAUAAAUGCAUUAUAAUGGAAACAAUAGAAAUGAGAAUUUAAAAAAAAUGUACAAAUUAAAAAAUAAGAAUAAAAUUGAAACAUAACAAAUCAUUAAAGUGUAUAUAUAUAAAAAAAAUCAUCCAGAUGCCCUGUCACAGCUAUAUACUACCAUAGCAUAUCAUGUUUGCCAAACUAUAUAUAUUACAUGUAAACACUGUUCAUAGCUUAUUCCAAGACAUAAACAAAAAUGUGCAGCUCUCUUUAGUGCCACUGUGAUAAAACCAAUGGCCUAUGUAUGUGUGCUGUUGUGGCACUUGACACUUGUCUGUAACAACCUAUGCACAGAAAAAAUAAAGAAUUAAAAAAAAAAAAAAAAAAAAAAAAAAAAAAAAAAAAAAAAAAAAAAAAAAAAAAAAAAAAAGGAUAAAUGGCAAAAAAAAUAACACACACACACACACACACACCAUCCACCAAGAAACAUAAAGAGAUAGGAGACAAUAGAUAUAGCGAGAUAAAACCAUACAUAAUUAUGUGGGUAAAGAAACAAAACUUCUUGAGUAUUGUUAAAAAAAAUAUAUAUAAAUCAAAAUCCGCAUUUAACCUUAUUUUGUUUCUCUUUUCCCUAAAAUGUUUGUGAUAGUACCUCCUUUCCAUGAUAUAACACAUGCUGCCAUUCGGAAUCGCAGCAGUAUACACUGUGCACUUAACUUACCUUUUUUCAUUUUUUUUUUACAUGGGAUAAGCUGCAUAAAAUAUAUUAAAUGUAAAAAAAUUUAAACAAGUUUCAAACUUGCCCUUUUGUCUUUCUUUCGAAUACAGUUAGUCCUGAGCAAGCAAAACAGAUGCAAGAGGCAGGACUUAAUCUCUUACGUCGAGCCAUGGCUGUCUUGCAGAUAUUUGCUGUCAGUCAGUUUGGAUGUGGUACUGGGCAUGCGCCAAACAAUCUCUGGAAACCUGAUGAAAGCAAUAGAGAUUUCUCGCCCUUGAUCAAGAACUUGCAGACGUCUGUGGAGAAAGUAAAGCAGCUGGCAGUUAGACAGCAGCCUCAUGACCAUGUUAUAUGCUAUGCCUCUAUGCAAGGAAAUAUAUCUGGUGGAAAGGAUGAACUGACAGUUGCUGUGAGAAAGGAUCUGGCAAUUGCCAUACGAGAUCUAUUGUCACAUGGUCUGUAUGCACCAUCCCAAGGAAUGAGCCUGGUGCUUGCCCCCAUUGCCUGUCUGAUUCCUGUUUUUACCACGUCAUCACCCUCUAUGCAUCCAUGGGAACUUUUUGUGAAAUACUAUAAUGAGAACAAUGGAAGAGCUUUUGUGGAAUCACCUGCUCGCAAACUAUCACAGUCUUUCUCAUUGCCUGUUUCAGGAAGUAAUAAGGUCACUCCUAAACAGAGCCUCCUUACGGCUAUCCACACAGUCUUGACAGAGCAUGAUCCCUUCAAGCGUGGUGCAGACUCUGAGUUCAAGGCAUUGGUUUGCAUAGCUUUAAAUGAGCAACGUCUGGUGUCUUGGCUCAACCUUAUCUGCAAGUCAGGAGUUCUAGUACAUCCACAUUACCAACAUUGGAGUUACAUGGCCAGCAGCGGUUUUGAAAGUGCCCUAAAUAUUCUUAGCCAACUCAGUAAUCUGAAGUUUAACCUACCAGUUGACCUUGCUGUCCGCCAGCUCAAAAAUAUUAAGGAUGCCUUUUGAUGCAACUUAUUGUUAUUGGUCAUUGUUUUUAGUCAGGUAUAGAUCUCUGGCUUUUAGAACAUUUCAGGUGUCCAUAUACUGCAGUUUUCUUCAUUGAUCUUCAUCCAUUGACCUAGGUCCCUCAUGCUAUUAGGCACUAAUUGGUAACAGUUAUUUCUAAUUGAUACAUUAACUAGUACACGGAUGGAAGAAAGUAUCUUCUUGCACUCUAGCCUCCUUGAGAUAUGAUGAUAUAAGAAGUAGAUGUCGUAAUAGUAUGGAAUAUGCAAUGUCUUCUUUGGUGGGUAAAGAGUAUGUGGGCACUAUUAUCCAGUUUUUAAAACCUCUAGGAACAUUUUUGGGAUCUACCCAGCACCCACUGACCACCCCUUAUCAGCAACUUUCUAAGUGAAAUUUGCACUUUUGUAUUAUCAGUAUGUUUCGUGCAACCUAGAUGGUAGUAAUAUGCUUAGAGUACUGAAGGUAGAUUAACCUAGUGCUUUAAACUUAUCAUUACCAUCCAUGCUGGUUGAAUUGUUAUGUAUAUUUUCAAAAGUGUAAAUUGAUAAAGAAUGUAUGAUCAGUGGAUGCUGUGAAGAGCUCUAGUUUUAACCAAAAAAAAUGGAAUAUUAGAUUUGUUACUUUUUGACAGUUUGUCCAAAUCAAAUGCCUUUUAAUGCACAUCUAGGAUUUACCUGUGGAGUCAUAUGCAUUAUUAAAGACUCCAAAGGUAAAUCCCGGAUUGAUCGAUUUGUCUGGGUUUGGAUUAAAAGGCAUUUCAUUCAGACGAACCGUUCAAAGCAAACGUCUGUUUAGUGCCUGUAGACUCUUGGGAGCAUAACCACUAAACUGAGUUGUAAUGGUUAUGUUGCUGUGAGUGCACCUUUAACCCCUUAACGACCAAACUUCUGGAAUAAAAGGGAAUCCUGAUGUCACACAUGUCAUGUGUCCUUAAGGGGUUAAAUAGUCCAAUAAAGUGACACUCAAUAUGUGACAUAUAGAGAGAGACAACUUGUUGCACUUUGUUAUAAGAAAUUAAAAUUAUUUUUAUAUAUAAAUUUAAGCAUAUAUUUCAGUAAACUAUGAUCUUUAUCUAAAUAUAUUGUUCUGGAGCAGGGCCCAAUAAAUUCAAGGCUCUAGUAUGCCAUGGCAUUUCAGAAACAGUACAUGGAACCAUGAAGUCGCCUCCUUACCAGUGGAGUGAGAAAACAAUCUUUCCUGAUGUGCGUUAUAUGUUGCAGGGGAUUGGCUGGCACAUACUGCCAUCUCCUUACUGCUCUCUCCCGUGUGCGUCUCUAAUAAAGUACAUUACUCUCAUUCAUUGUAUAGACCGAUAAAGAUUAGAAGAAUAUGUAUGUGGCUGACGGGAACUUAAGCAUCUGGUGCAGGAUGAGUAUGUUUUGGCUAGAAAUCACUGCUUGAGCUCUGUGUUCUGUAAAUAAAGGUCCACACACUACCUAAAAAAGGGAGACUCCAAUUUGUCAUCCUCAGUUCUAUGUAUUUUCUUUACCAACUCAGCAGCAUGCAUUACUGACAGAAGAAUACCAAGAGUAGCCGCUUGAAAUUUAAAACCCCAUGUGUGUUGAAGCUCACUUCCAUUGUGUGAAUUUUUGAAAACGCAGGGUUUAUGCCUGAAUUGUAGACACUCAACUGACUUUGUAUUCUUCCACUCACCCACACUGAAAUUAUUUUACACUCUGAUCUAUAUAGUCAGGACUCAAAAUGUCCACUUGCGCACUGGUAACUGGCCACUGGCAAGUAUAAAUUCAACCCUGGCAAGUGUACUGUCUAGUUUUUCUCCGUAAUCUAUUAAAAGAGCAACUUUUGAAAGGAGCUGCACUCUUAAUGUCCGUGGCCAUCAAGAAUGGCAAUAAUUAGAUAUCAUUAGUUUAAAACUCUGUAGACAUCAAGUGUGCCUGUUAGCCACAAUCUCUAACCCAAAGUAGGUCAUGCACGAGGUAUAUUGUAAUAUGUCACAAACAUUCUGCAUACCCAGACAGACUGACGGGAAGAGAUCACAGGUACGUUUAUUUAUCUUCCUCAUCCAUAUAGAGGUUUAGGGACACCUAAAGACAAAAUGUUGGUGUACACAAAGGUUCUACUGUAUAAGUCGCAUGACGUCUCUGUGAUAAGCUUUUAAAUAAGGGAUUGUGUUACAGUCAAGCCACUGUGUGCUACUACCAUAUGUAUUCAAUGAGACCAGAAGAAGCUCUGCCGUAGCUAGUAACUUUUAGGCCUUGAUAGAAGCAGAACAUUUGGCCUCAGGAAAAUUUGUCAAACCCUUUUCUACAGGACUUUUUGUCUGGUCAAAACAACUUGCUAAUAAACUUCCUAGUAAUCCUUGGUGAGCCCAUAUUUAUUGAAAGCACAAGCCUAUAAUUUCCUUAACUAAACUAUGAGUUUUUACAUUUGUCUUAGAUAACGUGUCUUGUGGUAUCAAAAGUAUAAUACAGUAUUUGUAGGAGAAUGUCAUGGAUGCUUUAAAUGUUUGUGAAUGCCAAUUUUCAUUUGUAUUUGAAAAUACCUACCUUUAUUUUCCAGCAUAUUGACCUGACAGAAUUUAUUAAACAUGUCCGUGACACGGUAUUACCAGGGGCAGAGCUGCUGACAUCAUUUAUAAAUCUUUUGUAAAUGCUAAAUUCUAGUAUUGUUGCAGUACAAACUCAAAAUUUAAAAAUCUUUACUAGACGUCAAUUAAUAAACUCUAUUGCCAAAUUAAGAAAGCCUUUGAUUUUACUACGCACAGAUGAACUGUCUUAAUAUUCUGGUGCAGAAGAUUUAAAGUAAUGUAGGAAAAUGUUACCAUAGGAGAAAUGCUGUAUUUGGUUAAAAAUGUGACAUGUAAAUUAGUAGUGUGUUAAAUCUUGUUGACAAG